AUCAGCUGAGCCGCAACAAAAGCGCCCUGUUACCGACGUAUACAGCGAGCGCGGGGCACGUAGCGUUUACGCAGUCGACGCCAGUGCACUCUCGGCCAGCGCGCCAGCUCUCCGCUUUCCUGCGAGUCCAGCAGGCCUAGCGCAAGCGAGAAACAGCGUUGUGCUGCAGUAGAGCCCAGAGCGUUCCGCGCGGGCGAAAAAAAAAGCGGAGACCGGCCGAAACGAGCCCUCCCAGCGCACUGAUCACGCGCCGCGCCAGAGCGCACCGUUGGCUCCUUUUUUCUGAACGGCGCGGCCGAAACGAUGUCGCAAAUGCGCUGCUCGAACCCCGAGUGCCGUUCGACGGACAUCGACUGGAACGAGAGUUCCGGUGAUGCCGUUUGUGUCCGCUGCGGUACGGUUUGUGAAGAAUCCACAAUUGUAGCGUCAGUAGAAUUUACCGAAGGAGCGGGCGGUUCCGGCGUCGUCGGCCAGUUCGUCUCAGCGCAGUGCACGAAGCCCUUCGGCACGCUCGGCGCGAACUACGGGUCCUCUGGGAGACCGAAGUACGGCUUUCUACGUAGUUCUAGAGAAACGACGCUCGCGGCCGGCAAACGAAAAAUCGAGCAGGUCGCGAAUAGUCUGAGGUUGGGCCAGCACUACGUCGACGGCGCGGAUCGCAUUUUCAAGUUGGCAGCUCAAAGGAACUUCACGCAAGGGAGAAAAACUUUACACGUUGUGUGUGCGUGUCUCUACGUCAUGUGUCGUCGGGAGAAAUCCGCACACAUGCUCGUCGACUUCUCGGAUGUCUUACAAGUCAACGUUUAUAGUCUGGGUGCGACGUUCCUGAAGUUUCGACGCGUCCUCAACUUGGAAUUACCCCUGGUCGACCCGUCGUUGUAUAUUCAUAGAUUUGCCGCCAAGCUGGAACUAGGCGACGCGGCUUCUGCGGUAGGCGCGACGGCGCUGAAAGUAGUGCAAAGGAUGAAGCGGGACUGGAUCGAGACCGGCCGGCGACCGGCCGGUGUGUGUGCCGCGGCUUUACUUGUGUCUGCAAGAGCCCACGGCUUUCAUAGGACGCAACAGGACGUCGUUUCAGCUUUGCGAGUCUGCGGCAUGACCGUGUCCAAAAGACUGGCCGACUUCCAAGCAACACCAGCAGCACAAUUAACAUUGAGAGAGUUCCACGCGCAAGCGGACAGUACCGAGGAACAGGACCCUCCUUCCUUCCAACUUAGUCAAAGGCGGACGGAGAACGAGGAACGGGCGAGGAAGGGCUUACCAUUGUUACCCAAAGAUCCUAGAACAGAUCAACAAUUAUGUCUACCGGCUCCAGGAGCCUUGGCACAAACGGCAACGGCGCUGGUCCAGCACGCGCGCGUGCACGCCGCUCGACGGAAGCCCCCUCAACCUCGAUCGAUAACAUCCCAUCGACGGCAAAAACAAUUUGAGUCAGCGAAGUCGGAGAUGUACGACGAGAUCAGGGAGGCCUUCGAGAUCCAAAAGGCCGAGGCGCCCGCGAGGCCCGUGAUUCAACGAAAAACAAUUGAGAAUGGGGAGGAGGACCCGAGCGAUUUCAGUGAUGUCGCCGAUGCGGAUGUGGACGCCUUCGUGCUGAGUGCCGAGGAAGCGCGAAAGAAGGCCGAGAUGUGGGAGCGCAUGAACGAGGACUACAUCCACAGACAAGAGGAGAAGAACAAGUUACGGGAAGCGAGAGAACAAGCUCAAGCGCAAGGCCAGCCGCCGCCCGGUAAAAAACCAAAACCCAGAAAGAAGUCGUCGAAGAAGAUGGCUCGUUUAGGCAAUCAGACGGCUGCUGAAGCCGUCCUCGACGUCGUCGAGAAGAAGCGCUUCUCGAAGAAGAUCAAUUAUACGGUCUUACAAGGUAUCUUCGGCGGUCAAAAGAAGCGGAAAAGUGCUGAUUCGCCCGGUGCUUCCAAGAAAAUGAAGCCUAUUGCAGAAGAAGAGGAGGACGACGACGACGACGGGGCGCCGGAGGUGCCGGGGACGACCAUAUAAGUGGGGUUGCAUGUG